AAGGAGAGAAGAGACAGAAAACGAGAUAACCGCACGGAAAUCUUUAUUAUUUAACGUUGCUUUUGCUUUAAUUUGCUAAUGGAAGCCAUUGGUAAAUAGCAGGAAAUGCCAGGGAAUGGAUGUGUAGGAGGAGUGUUGCUGGGCUGAGUUGUUGCCCUGCUACCUGUUGACAAGGUUGCUCCUAACUGGGCAUCUCUUGUAGGGCAGAGCUCAGGAAUAAUUAGGUUUAGUUCCUGUAGGCGUGCUCAUAAAAACAAUAUGCCAUAUGAAUUUGUUUAAAUCAAUUAUAUUUAACUAACUGGGGUUUUUUUCUCCCCCUGAAUGUCCAGGUUAACUCCCAGUUUUAGCUCAACUGCUAACAGUGGGAAAAGGUCAACUGAGGUAAAUUUGAGGAUUUCUUUAAGCUUGGCUUAAAGAUCCUGUGCCAUGAUUUGUAAAGGUGCCUGAAAAAGUUAAAAAAAAAUCAACCCGAAGCAUUUUUUUCCUCAAUAAUCUUUAAUCCUUACAGAAAUCUUUACUUUCUCAAACAGCCUAGCUGAGAAAUGAGUUUAGCUGAUUCCUUCUGUACCUUAGAACCUUUCCUAAAGCAAAUAUUAAGCCUGAUGUCAAUAAGGCCCAUAACUCUCAUAAGCCCCUAUAUCCCUGCUGUCUGAUGCUGAAGGAAUUGAGGUGGAUUUCCUUCUCAGCAGAACAAGUGCAGAGUUUCUGAAAAGAAAAUAAAAAAAGGCUGAAAAUCGUGGUCUCGAAACUUAACCGACUAAACACGUGAAUACCCCAAAAAAUUCAGUGUAAAGGCCAGCGUUUUGGAAAUGCUGGAUGUCCGAGGGCUGUGCAAGCUUGGCAGUUGUGCCUGUAAGGAAUUUCUCCUCACAACUGCUGCAGUGGGAAGUGCAUUUUAAUCACGCAGUCCCUUUCCCUCGCCGCCGCCCAGGAAUGAGCUGCACCAUCGAGAAGGCGCUGGCGGACGCGAAGGCGCUGGUGGAGCGGCUGCGGGAACACGACAGCGCGGCCGAGGCGCUCAUCGAGCAGACCACGGCGCUCAACAAGAGGGUCGAGGCCAUGAAGCAGUACCAAGAAGAAAUCCAGGAGCUCAAUGAAGUAGCGAGACAUCGCCCUCGGUCCACGCUGGUGAUGGGGAUCCAGCAGGAAAACAGACAGAUUAGGGAAUUGCAGCAGGAAAAUAAAGAACUACGCACGUCUCUGGAGGAGCAUCAGUCUGCUCUGGAGCUCAUCAUGAGCAAGUACAGAGAACAGAUGUUCCGGCUGCUUAUGGCCAGCAAAAAAGAUGACCCGAGUAUAAUAACGAAGCUAAAAGAGCAACAUUCCAAGGAGCUGCAGGUGCACGUGGACCAGAUCAGCGAAAUGGCAGCAGUGAUGAGGAAGGCCAUCGAGAUCGAUGAGAGGCACGGCUGCAAAGAGCAGGAACGCAUCACCCAGCUCGAGCAAGAAAACAAAGGCUUGAGAGAAAUCCUCCAAAUCACUAGAGAAUCGUUCCUGAACCUCAAGAAGGAGGAUGCAUCAGAGAGCACCUCCCUGUCGGGAUUAGUGACAAGCAGUGAUCUGAGCCUGAGGAAGAGCUAAGGCCUGUGGAGCCAGGAGGCCUCGAUUGCACACUUUGCCAAGGGAGCAGCAGGGCUCACUGGUCAAGCACUUGUUCCUGAAUAGGGCACCAGCAAGAGGAUGUGUCAAACUCCAGCUCAGUGGCUUUUAUACUGUGUGAAAUAAAUUACAUUGGUGUGACAGACUCCUUGCCAUAGGUCUGACUCCAGCAGGAAAUGGAUUAACGGGAAUUCCUUUUAUAUGGAAUCAUUUUGCAGAGAAAAGGUGAGAUUUCAAGUAAUUUAUAUAAGUUAUUGCUCAGUGCAACUGUUCUAUAAGAAAAGGUAAGAUUUCAAAUCCAAUCUCUGGCUAAAAGGCAGUAACCUCUGAAUAUGCUUUGUGCAUGAUCCACAUUUUUACCUUUGGUUUCUUUUUUAAUAAAUCCUCAUUUUGCAACCAACCUAUUUGAUGGAAAGGGCACAGAGGCAGAAGAAGCCACAUUAGUCCAAUCUAUUCCUUCAGCAAGUGGGAAGCACCCAAGGAGUGGCAGCAGAAAGGUGGGUGGGAGGAGGAGCAGCUCAGGGCAAGGUUGGCAGCCUGCAAUUAAUAGUCUGAGUUUCCCUUUCUCCAGUACUAACCAGUCACCAGAAAGGUUUUAAGGUGAGUUAAGCAGAGCUGAACUAAUCUGAAACCACCACUUAGGCAGGUUUGAUUUUCAGGGACAACACCACAAAAGGAACUCAGAUCCAGCACUUUCCAAGGGUGCCAGUUUAAAUCCAGCUUCCUGGGCCCCAAUCAAUGCAGAUGCUGAAAGGACAGAUAGGUCAGCUCAUUUUCACAGCACUUUUUGUAAAUGGAGAAACUGCUGCUUCUCCUCCCAGGGCACCUUCUAGGCUUGACAACACACCGAGGACAUUCACCUGCAGGGAAACAAAGUUAGAACCAUUUCCAAACUUGCUCAACAUCCAAGGGGGGUUUUUUGGGGAAUGUUUUAGCUCCAGCACAGAGUAUUCUCACCUGCUGUUACUUUCUGUAAAACCUUGCCAGUGCUGCUCUGAUUUAGGUUUUGCAUUUCUGCCGUGGCUUGCCAGAAGUAACAUCUUUUUUUAUUUUCACUGGAGUGUUCUGUUGUUGCAAACUUUGAGACAUUUUGGGUUCAGCUGCUGAAGUUCCUGUUUCUGGAAGCAUCUUUUCAGCCAUUGACUGGUGUCAGAGACGUUUCCACCCCUUGGAUGCUGAUGCAGCUCCAUGGCUGAAUUCUGGCUUGGCUUCCCGCUCCAGAGGAGGGUUCUUGGUCUGUGGCAGUACUUGGAGGUUGCUCUGUUAUGAAAUAAUGCUUGAUUAGUGUUUAUUUUUGUAAAUUGAAGAGAAAUGUGACUUAAUUUAUCUACUCCCAGCCCUCACAUUUGAGAUGUCUCCCCUCUCACCCCCCUGCCCUGAUCACUUCAGGAUUCUGAAGAGCCUUCCCAGUGUGUGGAGUGACUAUUUUUCAUGGCAUAACUGUUAUUUUUGUAACUCAGAUGGCUUGGAAAGGAUUUAUGGCUAGAAUUGUGUACUGUACAGGAAACCUAUUUUAUCAAUAAAGCUGACUGAAAACAGA